UCGAGUCGAGGUGUCGCGAGGUUCAGAGCGGUUUCCGGAGGUUUCUGUGGGGUUUCACCAUUCACCUAGAACCCAGACAGAAGGAAACCCCUGUGUUGGGAAGUUGGAACAUUUUGGAGGUGCUUGCUGAUCCCGUCCGCUCAGUGAGGUUCGGAACGGCACAGACUCUGGACGUUGUUGCGCUAAGCCGCUUCGGCGUGGGGAGCGGCGACGGUACACGGUUUUGCACGGUUUCCGCGGUGUUGGACGAGAAGCGUCGGUUUGUUCUGCACGGUUUGGGCUCAAAUGAGCUCCGGCGUUUUUGUUCAUGAGGCACGACGGGCACUGCUAGUGACUUAACGUCGUGAUACCUGAAAUUUUCAGUGUGCUCAGUGCGUGCCAUGGGCUGCGCAGCUAGUGUUCAGACGAACACAGACUUCUCAAGGGUAUGUCCUUGUGAUGAAGCUGCAUGCACCACAGACCGGAGCUCUGACCGGGACACUCAAUGCCAACCGGAGCCCCGACCUCUUUCAGCCUCCGCAGCUUCUGAACGCGAAGUACUUCGAUUGUUCAAGAUCGAUCUGCAGAUCCAAGAAGAGGACCAACUUGACUUGGAUGAUUCCGACUUGGCCAUCUACAAGUCCUGCGAGAUCCCGAAGCAGCCAGCUCCUCGCCAUCAGCCCCUUCCUCCCGGGCGUGAGGACCAUCUGGCGAACACCCGGCGGGUGGCGCGCUUUGCGGCAUUGGCUGUGAGGCAUCCCAGGCUCUUCAGAGAACGCGUGGGCAGAGCGGAAGAAGAGGAAUAGACCCGAAGAAUGCGAUGCCACGCUGGACUCUUCAACCUAUGGAGGGGACCCUCAUUGAGUUCUACAAGGAUCUUCAAAUCCCUAGGCUUGAGGCACCAGUCCGGCAAAGAGAAUGCCUUCUAGCUCGUCGGGUUCACUGCGGAACCGCUUCUUCGCGAAGCACGGCACCGCUUCCGCCUGCGAACUGAAGCACAUUUUGCCAUGUUUCACCUGCUUUCUUUUCUGUCAUGAGCACCUCUUGUGACGCAUUCAAUCCGAGGUUACUGAGGAUCUUUGAGCUUGCAACCGGGUAAGGAACCCUUGCUUGUUCAGAGUUCCCCUCUUUUUAAUGGAAGGUCAAGAUGGCGCAUGCGCAACCCCAG